AUGGGGAGCCUCAACGAGGAGCAGGAGGAGUCUAUCCUCUCUUUGGCGCUGCUGCAGAACAAGAUUAAAAGAGACCCUGAGGCCUACAAGGAGGAAUUUAAGCUGCAAUUUUCUAAGUUUGAAGGCCUCGUUGCUGCAUUAAAGCAGCAGCCUUAUAGACCUACAAGAAAGCUACAGAGCCUUGCUAUGUUCUUAGCCCACACAGCUCCAUGCUACAGUGCUGCAGUAGAAGACGCGUGGGCGUCGGGGGCCCCCGAGGCCCCACAGGGGCCCGCUGUCUUUGAUGCAUUCGCUUCGGAGACGAUCCCAGGAGAAGGGGGGGCCCCUGGGGGCCCCCAGGGGGGCCCCACACCCUCCACCCCUUUGAAGCAAUCUAUACAAGAAUUGCUGCAGCAGACAGACCUUCAUCCCAGCACAAGACAUGCGCUGCUAAACUGUUUGCUGCUCCUCAGAAGCAAGAAAAUGCUGAGCUGCGAGGAGCUGCUGCAGCAGGCACUGUCUCUUUUGUGUCUCCGAGACAAGUUUGUGCGGCAGCGUUUAAUGAAUUUUGUUGUCAAGGAUGUUUCUAGGGUUUUUGCAGCCACGACAAACAACCAAGCGAGGAGCUCUUUAUUAACCCGUUUAUUUGUUUUAUUGAAGAGCGGUUCUUCUCCAAUGCCGGCUCGCUUGGCUUUAUGUUGUUUAUUUCAGGUGUACAGGCACCUCAGCAGCAAAGGGUUGUCUCAGAAUAACUCGGCUUCUGCUAAGAUUGUUAAUGCAGUUGCUGCCGUUACGUUGGCUGCAGACGCCCGCCUCGCUCUAAGUGCUGCUCUCUUCCUCUUGGGGGAGAUUCAGGCUGCUUCGGUGCAAGCGAGUCAUUCGAUUCAAGCGGAUGAGGAGGAGGGAGAAGAAGCAGUUGCUGCAGCAGCAGCAGCAGAGCUGCAGCAGCAAAGCGCUAUACACUCCAAGAAGACACUUGCGGCGAAGCGGAAGCUAAAGAAGCAAAAGCAACGCCUUCAAAAGCGUCUCGUUCGCAAGCAGCAGCGCCUGGAGGCGCAGCAAAGUCAUUGGGGCUCCACCGCCUCUGCUGCAAUCCUUGAUCUUAUUUAUGACGCCCACGCGCUAGCAGAGAAGCUCUUCGGUCGCGUGCGUCAGCAGCGGGAGAGUUACAGCACUCGGGUAGUGUUUAUGAAUUUGGUGUCUCGUCUGGUGUCUCAUCACCAGGUGUUGUUGUUAGGCUUUUAUCCUUAUCUAGAAAGAUAUUUAAAGCCUUCUCAGAGACAUAUCUCUGCUCUCCUUGCUAUUGCUGCUAAUGCUGUACACCGCACCGUCCCUCCAGAAGAACUCAAGCCCUUAAUCAAAACAAUUGCUGAUAACUUCGUCGCCGACUCCAGAUCUGAAGAAAUACUCACCCUCGGACUCAACGCCAUAACGGAGAUCUGCAGCAGGAACCCUCUUUGUAUGACGCCUGAGUUGCUGGGGGAUCUGCUGCAGUAUACCAAACACAAGAGCAGCAAAAGUGUCUCCGCAGCAGCAAGGGGUCUCCUUAAUCUGUUUAGGGAGAUACACCCGACUCUGCUGCCGCGUUCAUUCUUAGGGAAGGAGGCCGCUAUACAGCUUCAGAGAGACAAUGUGUCUCCUCCUGUCUUUGGGGCUACGGGUACAUCCACCACGCUGCAGCUGCUGCCGCAGCUAGAGGCACUUAAGAAGCAAUCAAAGGAAGAGCUGCAGCAGCUGCUAGGUGUAGCAGCAGAAGAAGGAGACAGUGAAGAGGAGACAGGAGAGGAGACAGAGGCAGAAGACAGCGAGGAGACAGACAAUGAAGUAGAAGAAGGAGACACAGAUGCACAAGAUGAAGCAGAAGAGGAGACAGAUACAGAGGGAGAAGAGACAGAUGCAGAGGAGGAGACAGACGGCGAAGCAGCAACAGAUGAAGAAGAAGGAGACAGCGAAAAUGAAGAAGAGCAAGAGACAGAGGGAGAUGAAGGAGACACAAAAAAACAGCAGCAGGAGACUGCAGCAGGCGACAGCGCUGCAACAGCAGCAGCAGCAGCAGCAAAACCCGAAUCAAAUGCAGCCCCAGCAUCCGCAGCAGCGGCUGCCGAGUCCAAACCAGCAGCAGCAGCAGCAGCAGCAGCAGCAGUGCCUUGUGGAGGAGAACGGCUGCUAACUGAUGCAGAUUUUGCUGCUCUCCGUCUGCUGCGAGCGAAGCAAAUAGUACAGCAAGUUAGGGGGGGACACCGUAAGAGCAGCAGACUGCAGGUAGACACAGAGAAAGACGAAAAGCUGCUGAAGCUGCUAACCUCAGGGAGAGAAGACUGCAGCAGCAGCAGCAGCAGCAGCGAGGAUGAAGACAGCGAAGAGGAGACAGAAGGGAACCGACAGGAGGUGAGAAACGGCUUCUUAAAGAAAGGAGACAGUGUCUCCUUAAAGGGGACAGUGUCUCCUUAA